GAAGCACACACUCUUCUCUUUAAUAAAGGUAAAGGGACCCCUGACCGUUAGGUCCAGUUGUGGCCGACUCUGGGGUUGUGGCGCUCAUCUCGCUUUACUGGCCAAGGGAGCGGACAUUUGUCCGCAGACAGUAUUUCCGGGUCAUGUGGCCAGCAUGACUAAGCCGCUUCUGGCGAACCAGAGCAGCGCACUGAAACGCCGUUUACCUUCCCGCCAGAGUGGUACCUAUUUAUCUACUUGCACUUUGACAUGCUUUUAAACUGCUAGGUUGGCAGGAGCAGGGACCGAGCAACAGGAGCUCACCCCGUCGUGGGGAUUCGAACCACCGACCUUCAGAUCGGCAAGUCCUGGGUUCUGUGGUUUAACCCACAGCGCCACCUGCGCCCCUCUCUUUAAUAAAGCAAGCCCCAAAUGACCGGAAGGCGGGGGGGGGGGAAACUAAACAGAAGCUGAAUUGACUUCAACCCACCCAGUGAAUUACCUGGAAAGGAACUCACGAAAGGAGAUAAUUGCGCCAUCCAUUCAAGGCUCCAUUCUCCAGCCGUCCCCCUUUCUGCCACCUCAAUUGCCUUCCAUGUUGGCCUGAGGCAGGAAAGAGAGAAGGAAGGGGCUGGGGGCUAGCAGGGCAGAUGUGCAAAGGGAGAGAGGCAGGGAGGGAGGAGGGAGCUGAGAGCAGGAACAGGCUGCUGUGACAAACAGCCCAGGCUCCUGGGGGAGCAGGGUGAGGCCUUGCUGGAGGCUGCCCAUGGCGUUCAUGUGGCAACCCAGCCCCCUGGGGGGUUGGCAGGUGGGUCCUGCUGCGCUCCUGCCCCUGCCAGGGAAAAACAAGAGAUCUGCACAGGCAGAGGGCUGGAGAGGAAAGCCUGGAGGAGAAGCCAGACACCUUCUUUUCAGCCAGGCCUUCCCUGGUUUCGCUCUGCUGGAAGGAGAAGGACCUGGAGCAUCCUUUGCCAGUCACACCUGCAAGGAGCUGGCACGUCUGCCCUGGGCAAGAUGGCACUGGAGUUCGAUGGAAUCACGCAACCCGAUUGGAAAGAAAUCGUGAACAAGAAGUUGAAGUUCCCGGAAGGCCUCCUCAACGCCAUCCAAGACGGGCAGCUGAUGAAGGUCCAGCAGCUGCUGCAGGUGAGCGACGGGAUCCUGAGGCAGCUGGAUGAGGCCGAGGACCGGGCGUGGCGAGAGGCUCUCAACCUGGCCAUCCGCACGGGUGGCGAGGAGAUCACCAAGACGCUGCUGCGCAUUGUCAAGUUUGACUUCCGCCAGAUCCACGAGGCCUUGCUGGUUGCCGUGGAUACCAACCAGCCCACCGUGGUCAAGCUGCUGCUGGACCGCCUGGACCAGGAGAAAGGCCGCAAGAUGGACAUCAAGUCCUUCUCCUCGGCCUUGUUUGACAACUCCAUCGACAACUCCCGCUUCGCCCCGGGCGUGACGCCCCUCACCUUGGCUUGCGAGAAGGACCUCUACGAAAUCGUGGACAUGCUGAUGAAGAAGGGCCACGCCAUCCCGGGGCCGCACAAGGUCUCGUGCUCCUGCCUGGAGUGCUCCAACGGCCGCAAGUUUGACCUGCUCAAGUUCUCGCUUUCUCGCAUCAACACUUACAAGGGCAUCGCCAGCCGGGCGCACCUCUCCAUCGCCAGCGAAGACGCCAUGUUGACGGCCUUCAAGCUCAGCCGAGAGCUCAAGCGCCUCUCCAAGAAGGAGCCCGAAUUCAAGCCCGAGUACCUGGCCCUGGAGCAGCUGUGCCAGGAGUUUGCCUUUGAGCUGCUGGGAAUGUGCCGCAACCAGAGCGAGGUGACGGCCGUCUUGAAUGACGUGGCGGAUUCCUCGAAUGACGAGGAAGAGGAGGACCUCGAUGACCAGGCCUUCGAGGAGGGGAUCCCCAACUUGGCAAGGCUUCGCCUGGCUGUCAACUACAACCAGAAGCGGUUUGUCGCCCACCCCAUCUGCCAGCAAGUGCUGUCGUCCAUCUGGUGUGGGAGCCUGCAGAGCUGGAGGGGCAGCACCUCGCUCUGGAAGGUCUUCGUCUCCUGUUCCAUCUUCAUGGGGAUGCCUUUCCUGUGCCUCGUCUACUACGUGGCCCCCAAAUCCAAGUUUGGCAAAAUGCUGAAGAUCCCCGUGAUCAAGUUCCUUCUGCAUUCGGCCUCGUAUGUCUGGUUCCUGGUCUUCCUGCUGGCAGAGUCGCUGGUGCUGGAGUACAACAGCGAGACCUUUUCGGGGCGGAACCAGGACAUGUGGGAGACGUCGCUGCACAUGAUAUGGGUGGCAGGUUUCUUCUGGUUUGAGUGCAAAGAGGUUUGGAUCGAGGGCUUCCGCAGCUACCUCUUGGACUGGUGGAACUUCCUGGACAUCGUCAUGCUCAGCAUGUACUUGGCCUCCUUUGUCCUCAGGCUCCUGAUAUUCUUCCAGGGCCGUGUUUUCUGUCUGGAGAACAAGGAGUCUGCAGAAUGCCGUUACUACACGAAAGCGGACCGUCAGGAGUGGCACACUGAAGACCCCCAGUUCAUCGCUGAGGUGCUGUUUGCUGUGACCAGCAUGCUGAGCUUCACCCGCCUGGCUUCCAUCUUGCCCGCCCAUGAAACCUUGGGGACCCUGCAGAUCUCCAUUGGCAAGAUGAUUGACGACAUGAUCAGGUUCAUGUUCAUCAUGAUGAUCAUCUUGACUGCUUUCUUGUGUGGGAUGAACAACAUCUACGUCCACUACCAAGAGUCUGAAAAGCUGGGGAGCUUCAACGAGACAUUCCAGUUCCUCUUCUGGACCAUGCUUGGGAUGGAAGACCACGAUGUGGUGGACAUGCCCCGGUUCCUCAUGGCUCAGCUGGUAGGGAGGGUGCUGUAUGGGGUCUUCACCAUCGUCAUGGUGGUUGUCCUCCUCAACAUGCUCAUCGCCAUGAUCACCAACUGCUUCCAGAAAAUUGAGAACGAUGCCGACGUGGAAUGGAAGUUUGCCCGUUCCAAGCUCUACUUGUCUUUCUUCAGAGAAGGCUUGACGCUGCCAGUGCCCUUCAACAUCAUCCCGUCACCAAAGUCCAUCUUCUACGCUGUCAGGGGCCUCUUCCGCUUCCUGUGCUGUUACAAACCAAAGCGCCAGCAGAAAUACCCUCCCAUCUCAACCAUUUCUAACCCCUCCACGGAUGAGGGCGGCCAGCGUACGGAGGGCCGCGCUGCCUACCGGCGCCAAGUGCUCAAGGCGCUGGUGCAGCGCUACAUCGACACGGCCCGGCGGGAGUUUGAGGAGAGCCGCAGGAAAGAUCUGGGGAACCGCCUGACAGAGCUGAACAAGUCUGUGCUGCGCCUCCUCUCCGACAUGAAGCAGCUGCGCCACACAGUGGCCGACAACGGCACGGCGGACAACCCCUUGAACGGGACCAGCGUCCUGCACAAGUACAUCAUGAAGGUGCGUAGCAGCUUCCAGAGCUACGACAAUGGAGCAGGCGGCUCUGAGCAGGCAGCCCCCACGGAUGCCGCCUUGCCCCAGGAUGGGGCCGUUGCCGAAGAGGACGCAACGCCGUUGCCUCAGGGACCCUCUGAGGGACAACAGGCGGAAGCUGAGGAAGGGCCGCCCCAGGUGGAAGCUGAGGAGAGACAGCCUGGGGUGGAGGCUGAGGAGAGGCCGCUGGAGGUGGAAGCUGAGGAGAGGUCACCCCAGGUGGAAGUAGAGGUGGCAAUUGAAGAGAACCCUGUAGGAGAGCCAGAGACUUGAUCUGCCUUCUCUCCAAAGACAAGGGAUCUGUUUCAUUCUCAGCUGGGAUCCGCUGUAGAGGGUGGCGUUUCCAUAGCAGCCUGGGGGGGGAGUCAUGCUUGUAGAGUCUGCCCCGUUUCUGACAUGUCCAAGGGGCAACGCAGUGUCCUUUCUUAAGCCAACAUCCUUUGCCAAGCGAGAGAAGGUGUAUUUCACUUAUCUGGCGUGAGGGCUCUUUACUGAGCAGAACCAUAGCUGUCAACCUUCCCCUUUUUUGCGGGAAAUUCCCUUAUUCCAGUGCCGUUUCCCGCUGCUUCCUGCUGCUAUCCCUAUUAGAUAUCCCGUAGACUGUCCCCGGGACAGGUGAGGCUGCUGAUCCCUUAUUUUCAAAUCUGAAAGUUGACAGCUCUGAGCAGAACGGGAAGACUGUAAGAGCUACAGUGGUACCUUAGGUUACCGGUACAUACGCUGCAGGUUACAGACUCCGCUAACCCAGAAGUAGUACCUCGGGUUAAGAACUUUGCUUCAGGAUGAGAAUAGAAAUCGUGGUCCGGUGGCGCUGAGGCAGCAGGAGGCCCCAUUAGCUAAAGUGGUGCUUCAGGUUAAGAACAGUUUCAGGUUAAGAACGGACCUCCGGAACGAAUUAAGUACUUAACCCGAAGUACCACUGUACUUUAUAAAGCCCCCCAAAAGCCGGACUCCUGCUAUUGGCAUUUUACCAAACCUUCAACCCACUUUGAAUUCUAUUCUGCUUAAGAUUUGAGAUGGAGGUUAGUAAGAUUCCACGAGGCCACAGUAACGGCUGCCCCCAAUAUCCGGGGCCCGCCUGGCCUACGAGGUGCAAACAUCUGGGUCAAGGUGGUGGUGAAAUGGAGGAAGCCUACCCAGGAUGGGGUUAGAAGCAGCGCAAUGAAGACGGGAAGGGAGGUGGCAGUUGCAAAACACCAGUCCUACUCUGGCAGCCCCUGACCGUCCUCCGCAAGCCAGCAACCGGAGAGUUGGAGAGACGCAGGACUUCUUCCUCAGAUUCCUUGACUGCCACAAAGUGCUUUUAGGCCUCAUUGGGGCCAGAAUUCCCCCAAGCAGUCACUAAGAGGAGCGCCUCCCCCCCCCCAAAAUUGUACUACAAUAACUGCAUGUUUGUGCGCAGAUUGUGCAGUGUGUGUGUGUGUAUCCAGCUUCUUUACAUUAAAUUUAUUAAUCAAGUAAAUGGAUGUUAUUAACUAAACUUAAUAAAUAUGCUAUGGGUAAUAUGCA